UCUCUCCUCUAUCCUCUUUCUCUCUCCUAAUAAUUCCGGCUACUUCCUUAAUCAGAUUCCGGCCAAUCCCCUUCCUUUCUUUUUUUUCUUGGCUCACUCUAUAUAUAUACCCCACUCUUCUCCAAUCCCCUUUACGCUCCCUUAUAUCUCUUUCACUCGUUCUUUCUCUUUCCCUUUCCAAAUUCUCUCUCUUUCAACAAACUGCAUCACCCACUUGUGCAUUUUAGCAAACAGAGUGUGUGUGUGAAUGCAUACGUUAGCAAAAAGCAGAGUACCUGAAACACAAUUCAACGUGUGGAGCAUGAGAAACACUACUAUUUGCAAAGCUGCCUAAUCUUUAACAGUGCCACCACCUUUUCUUUCCUCUUUUUUUUUUUUUUUGGGUAAUUUUUUUUCCCUUUUUUGGGACCUUAAUUAAACCACCUACUCUGCGUGAUUUAGCAGCAGGCUAUCUCGGGUAGUGUGUUUGUAUCUAUUCUCUUAUUAUUAUUAUUUUGGGUAAAAUUGGUGGUGAUGAACAGAGCGUUGUUGCCGGAGAUGUUACACUGUAUGAACAACAACUCAGCGCCGGGGAAUUUCGCCGGGAAUUGUACGGACAUGACGGUGCUGGAAAGACAGAGAGAUCGCAUGAAGUGGCAGCAUGAUCAGAUUCAUCAGCAACAGAAUCAGAAUCUGAAUCAGAACCAGCAGAGCUAUUUCAGUGGAAGCGAGCUUAUUAGUGAGGUAUUUUCUUCGGCAACUCAUCAAGCAGCUGAUGUUCAAGGUGGUUUUCAAGGCUUGGUGCUUGGCUGCGAAUCUAUGCUAGAUGGUCAGACGGUGACAACUCGGUCUGUGAAACCCGACCCGGGUUUGGAAAAUGGGUGGCCCGAAUUGGGCAAAUGUACUGAGAUGCCGAAUUUGGGUUGUGGGUCGUUGGUGAAUGGUAAUCAUGGGUUCCAAAUGAAUAAUAGUGCCAUCUCUAGAACAGCUAGUUGUCCACCUGCAGUGCCUGCAGCCAACACAACCGAUAUCAAAGCCAAAGAAGCCGUUCUUCACGAGAAACUGAGCUCCGCCGCUGGCAAGGAUAGCUUCAAGAAAAGGAAGGCCGAUAAGAUCCCCAACACCAAGGUUGGUGUAGAGGAUGAUACAAAAGAGAAGAGGAUCAAAGGAAAUGCUGAGGAGGGUGAGUCAAAGAUAACAGAGCAAAAUAGUACAAAGAACAAUAAUAGCAACAACAGGGAAUCUUCUGCUGAUACUUCAAAAGAAAAUUCAAAGGCUAAUUCUGAGGUUCAAAAGCCUGAUUAUAUUCACGUCCGAGCUCGUCGAGGCCAAGCUACUGAUAGCCAUAGUUUAGCUGAAAGAGUGAGGAGGGAAAAAAUCAGUGAGAGAAUGAAAUAUCUGCAAGAUUUAGUACCAGGAUGCAACAAGAUCACUAGCAAAGCUGGAAUGCUCGAUGAAAUUAUCAAUUACGUUCAAUCUCUUCAACGACAAGUAGAGUUCUUGUCCAUGAAACUAGCUGCUGUGAAUCCCAGACUUGAUUUCAACAAUGAUGACUUGUUUGCAAAAGAGAUGUUUCCUGCUUGCUCGGCUGGUUUUCAGCCAAUAGGGAUGUCAUCAGAAAUGACCAAUUCAGCCUACCUUCAGUUCAAUCCUUCACAACAACUAGUCUCGUGCUGUGGAAUGGAAGUUGGGGCAAAUAACAACUCUCCGGAUUUGGGGCUCCGAAGAACCAUUAGUGCCCCGGUUUCGAUUCCUGAAUUAUUUCUUGACACAUCCUGCUUCACUCAACUACAGCCUCCUGCAACUUGGGAUACAGAAUUACAAAACCUUUUCAAUGUGGAAUUUCAUCAAGGAAGAUCAACACCUUUUCCAUCCCAACCAUUUGCAGGUCCAAUUGAAGCAAGCAAUCUGAAAAUGGAGAUGUGAUAAGAAGCAGCAAAAAAUAUCAAUCAUACAAAAAAAUUUUGGAUUGAGUUUACUCUACAUUACUCUACUGCUCAUGCGCUUUUGAUCCAUAUUAUUUUUAUUCUCUACGUACAUAUAACAUAUAAAUAUUAGUAUGUAUGUAUACUUGCAAUAUAGUGCCAAUAAAUAUAAAUACUCAUUUACCUCCCAAAAAAAAAAAAAAAAAAAAAAAGCCCUUUCGUUUGCAAAAUGCCUAGCCUACCAUGGUUACCUUUUCUGGGGUUGAAAGCACCAGCUGUGACUAGUAUGCAAGAAUCGAAACAAUAUAUUAAUUUGUGCUGCGAGUGGCACAAGUUGUAUGUCUCUCUAAUGGAUGCAACCUCACAGACCAAUUUCAACCAAGUUCUCCUUACCACGACAAUGGUGGACCACCCUCGGCUCCCUUUUGAUGCAGAUUAGCAACGUUAAUUUGUUGAUGGAGACGCUGAUAGUGUGUGUGUGUAUAUAUAUAUAUUAGGAUAUUAGAGUGAUGGUUAUGGAUUUGGAGCAGCGACAACAAUUUUAAUGCAGCAAAAAUAUCGAAAGCAAUUUGUACCAGACACUCAGCAAACAAACACAUCCAUUUCCUUCAAAUUGCUUUCAUGUAUUGUCCCCCCACCGUAUUCCACAGGCAUUAAAUGCAUGUAUAAUAAAUAACGAGAUUGCUAUAAAGAAUGAGAAUUUUUUUUUUUUUU